AUGGAUUACUGCCUGUGGAAGGAUAUUAAUCAGCUUCUUGCCCUGGUAGAAGAAGCCGUGUGCACGGAAGUGGACCAGCUUGCGACAGUGCUGUGUGAGAAAGCACAUCUCGGAGAAGGCUGCUGCCUCAGUGUGCUCGUGUGGCGCAUCCAGUCUAGAGGCAGGGCCUUCCUGUUCUUCCAGGAUUGGGACUGUAAGGUCCAUGUCCACACCACGGUCAUAGGCCUGCACACAGCGUGGCAGGCUGUCAAUGCGGUGGAAGGUGCAGUGGUCCAGGGACCCCUCCAGCCUGUUGGGGAUGCCCAGCCUGAGCAGGUGUCUGACUACUGUGGGAUGCGCUCCCUCGGUCGGUUUUCUGAUUCUCGGGAUUGGUUUAGUGCCCGCGCGCAGGAUGGGGCCCGGGAGCCUGCGCUUCGCGCCGCAGCGCCCCCUUCCGGCAGCGCUCGGCUGGAGCCGCCCGGCGCCGGGGGGAGCGCCCGCAGAGGCUUCUGGGAGUGCCGUGUGGUCCCGCCACCCCGCGCAGGGCGCGCCCAGCUGGCCGUGGGGAUGGCCACCCGAGUCCGGACCGCAGCCGUCUGGACCUCUUCUGUUUUUAUUGGGAGAUUCAAAAACGACCCAGCUGCCCUGCUCUCCUCCGGCUCUCAUCGUGUUAGCCAUGAAAAGACUCAGAGAGGUGAAGUGAAUUGUUCUUGGACGUCAGCUAUCGAGAGAAGCAACCUGCUGCAACGCAGAUUGACUGUCUCAUUCAAAAGCUGUUCCUUGCGGACUCCUGCCGACAGUAGGGCUGUUUGCUUCCUGAAAGCUCGGGGGCUGCUGCACUUUCGGGGCUUCUGGGGGCCUGUGCAGAGUCUGGGGGAGGUUUGUCUGUGCGAUGGGUCCCCCGUUUCCCUUCACCCUCACUUCUGCCCCUCAGCAGCACUGACCACAGUCUGCGGAACCCGCAGCCCAGCUUCGUGCGAGUAUGUUCACCCACAAAGGGGACCAAGGCUGGGGCCCAGACGAAAUGUGUUUGCUAAAGUGAGCUUGCUCUUGGGUCCACAGGUCCCACCUCUCCAGGAACGAGACAGUCCGUGCGGUGGGAUUAGAAAGCUCCAAGGCAAGGAAUCCAUCCUGGGUCCUGGGACCCCUGACCAGAGGCCCGUCCCUAGAGGAGCCCGGCAGAGGCACCAGAGCCCCAGGACAGAGCAGCCCCUCAAGUGGCUGUGUGUUUCUCGAGACCAGCCGAAAAACAGCGAUUCUUGGGGACCACUGUCAUUCAUGGACGUGUUUGUGGACUUUACCUGGGAGGAGUGGCGGCUGCUGGACCCAGCUCAGAAGCACCUGUACAGGAGUGUGAUGUUGGAGAACUGUAACAACCUGGCGUCCCUGGGGCACCAGCACACCAAACCCAGUGUCGUUUUCCAGUUGGAACAAGAAGAGCUGUGGACGAUGCGAAUCCCAAGUCAGGGCCGUGCAGAUGAAGUCCAGGAAAUUGAUGAUCGUGUGGAAUGGCAUCAGGGAAGUCACGGCAAGCUGGGAAGCAGAGCAGAAAGCUACCAGUGUACUGUGUUUGGAAGACUAUGUCUUCAUAGUACAAAUUAUGUUUCUUCAAGACAAGAAUUUCAUAAAUGUGUUACACAUGGAAAGAGUUUGAAAUAUAUAGAUUCUAGUAGUAAUUAUGCUGGAAAAUAUCCCAGUGGGUUUCAUGAUCUUAGGGAAUCAUUAUUCCAUUCUAAACAUGAGCAAGCUGUUACUGGAAAAAAAUACUGUGAAAAUAGUGGAUCUGGAAAAAAUGUCAAAAGAGAGUCGCAGCUCAUAUGCCAACAAAUGCACGUGGCAGGAAAGCCCUCUGAAUGCAGUUCCUGCAGGGAGGCCUUCAGCAGCAAGUCUUGCCUCGUGGUGGGUCAGCGAACUCCUGCAGAAGAAAACCCCUGCAGAUGUCGUAAUGGAGGUGGGAAGGACUUCAGCCGCAAGGCCUGCCUCGUUGUGCAUCAGAGAACUCACACAGGAGCGACACUUCAUGAGUGCAGUGAAUGUGGGAAAACUUUCCGUUUCAGUUCACAACUCAUCAUACAUCAGAGAAUUCACACCAGGGAGAAUCUCUGUGAAUGCUGUGAAUGUGGAAAAGUCUUUGGUAGGAAAGACCAGCUCGUUUCGCACUGGAGAACGCAUUCAGGACAGAAACCGUAUGGGUGUAAUGAAUGUGGGAAGGCUUUUGGUUUGAAGUCACAGCUCAUGAUACAUCAGAGAACCCAUACAGGAGAGAAACCCUAUGAAUGCAGUGAAUGUCAGAAAGCCUUUAAUACAAAGUCUAAUCUUGUGGUGCAUCAGAGAACCCACUCGGGGGAGAAGCCCUAUGGUUGUGGUGAGUGUGGGAAAACCUUUGCCUUCAAGUCACAGCUCAUUGUACACCAGGGGGCACACACUGGGGUAAAACUCUAUGGAUGUAAUCAGUGUGGAAAAGCCUUCAGUUUGAGGUCACAGCUCAUUGUACAUCAGAGAAGUCACACGGGAGUGAAACCUUAGUAUGCAGUUAAUGUGGGAAAUCCUUCAGUUUCAGUUCACACCUUAUUGUGCAUCAGAGAAUUCACACAGGAGAAAACCCUUAUGAAUGUGGUGAAUGUGGGAAGACGUUUAGAAGAAAAGAUCAGCUCAUCUCUCAUCAGAGAACUCAUGCUGGGGAAGAACCUUAUGGGUGCAGCGAAUGUGGGAAAGCCUUUAGCAGCAAGUCCA